ACGCAAACUUCUCGAGGCCAAUACUGACGCGGCAGAACUUUAAGGCACCUCGUACAGCGAAACUCUUUAUUUCGCGCGCAGCAUUUGAUUUUAAGCGAAUUUUCCUCGGAAACAUUGCACAGAAAUGGCUGACUGUCCUAUCAUGCAGAUUGACGAAGACUCUCCUGCUGUACCGAUGUCAAAUUGGGAAGCCGAAGCGGUCCAUGAUUAUGGAAAAACGUACGCGCAGAAAUAUUCCGACCUCAGGGAUGAUCAAGCCACUGUUUGGACGAGCAUGUACGAGAAAAACCUUGGGAGGAAGGUCAGCCGCUUACCGCCAUGGGAAGUCUCUGAGACCGGUCGAAAAGAGAGUACAGAAAUGCACUUCGGUGACCCUACCAAGAAAGACUUCGCUUCGGUCAUGUUAGAGAGAGCAGCAGAAGCCGGUGCACUGACCCACAAGAAACAUUUCGAGACUGCGGAGCAACGGAGGGAGAGGAGAAAAGGAAAGAAAACUAAAAGCGAAAGUGAAUCCAGUAGAGAAGGAGAGGAAGACAAAAAAGACAAGGAGGGGAACGCAAGGACGUCCUCGCUUUGCCAACAUGACGAUGAAAACGCUGAGAACGCCACCGGAAAAGAAUAAUAUAACCUGAACCAACACAAUACAUACAGACCUCUAAUGUUCUCUCCGCUGUCCUUGAACUCGGAAAUUAAGGUAUUUGAGCCUGAUUAAAACUACCACAAAUACUUGAUCUUGGUUGCUGAAUGCACAUGACUGAGUUUGAAUCUUCAUUCCGACGACAAAGCUAUUUAAAAUUGGGUUAAUUCACGAACGUUUCAUCACAAAUACUGGGCGGGAGAAUCGAUUUGAACUGCUGCUCGAGAAAAAGCGUAUGAUCGUGUUUAAAUUGGCAACAUGAUGUCUUUAUUCAAUGUACAUUUUUAUUUGUUGCUAAAAGCUUUUGAAGGAUCUAGAUAGUUACUCGUUGUGAAGAAGAUGUUAUUCAUUUCUCGAUAAGUUGCUGUAUUUAAUAAAACCUGAUGGAUAAUUUGAUCCACUUUGCGUUACGUGUAAAACAGCCGAAGUGACCUUUAUGUCAAAACAAAAGCUUUCAAAGUACUUAGUAAACACCUGCAGAAUUUUCAUAUUUGAGAGAAGGAAAAAGUUUUCUUUCUUAAGUACCUCAAUGCAAAUAUAUUUGUCAAUAUUUCCGUAGCGUGACUGUAGUGUGUUAUUUUGCCUUCAGAGCAAUAAAUGAGGUAGAAUAUGAUGA